AUGGCUCCCACUCCUGGAAGCGCUCUCAGAGCGGACUCCCUGCUGGAAUACAUGGCCAAGAGCAUCCCGACCCCGGCUUCAGAUUCUCCCCGACAAACGCUCGUCAAGGAUCCUUUUGCUGCGAUUGCUGUGUUCUCCCAUGCUUGUAUGCUUGCGGUAGGGUUUCGACUCAUCGGGCUGGGCGAAGAUCACAACAUAGAAACUCGCUCCGAGUCCCAAGAUGUACAGCCAUUGCCAUCUGAUUGGGACGCUUCCUCCUCCUAUGCCUUCCGAUAUGCCCAUUCUCAGUCUUCCAUGGAAUUCCUCGUCAAGGUGAACCGUCUGGGUGGCAAGGCCCUUGUGUUUGGUGCCGGCCUGGGCGAUGACAAAACCGCUUCUUUCGAGGUUAAAGCCGAUGACUACAUCUCAGAAGGCUCUCUGAAGGAGGCCACCACGAGUUCCGACAAGGCAUCAGCUCUGAAAAAUGUGUUUAUAUCUAAUGGGCGUAUCGCGGAUUUGGCUUCGCUAUUCAAGGUGAACAUCAUUCAAAAGCUGGCACCGGGCAUUCAGAAGGCUGGGUAUGAAGACACCCAGUCGACCCUAGAACAGCCCAGGCGGCACGAAGAAACUCGCCCUCCCGAGAAUGAUCCCUUGCGAGAUGACCAUCCUCGACCUGCCCGCCCAUACCCUUUUGAUGAUCCAUUAGCGGCGGGGCCACGAAGACCUCAACCGCCGGGUGACUUUCCGCCACCGGGCUUUGAAGACGAAUAUGAGAUCAAUAGACCCGGACGGGGAUUUGCAGCCGGUCGCCAGCCGUUUGGGAACAUCGGGGAAAGAGAUCUCUACCCACCUGGUCUGGGUCCCCAUGAUCCUCUCAGGAUAGGACCUAGAGGAGGGUUUCGUGGAGGCGGUGGAAUGCACCCUACAUUCGAUGAUCCUGUAUUCGGCGGACAAGGUGGAGAAGCUCUGUACGAUCCAAGCGUGCCUCCUGGAGCACGAUAUGACCCGAUUGGACCAGGUGAUGGGCCGCCCAAUCUUCGAGGAGGGUCCCGUUUUCCUGGUGGUAGAGGUGGUGGUUUCGGGGGAAAUCCAUUUGGUGGCUUUGGAAGCGGCGACUUCAUAUGA